CAACAGUAAGCGGGGCGACGCCGUCGUGAUUGGUCGCCUUGCGUUCUAUGUUUUAUGUCCUCGGAUUAAAAUUCGACGCGAUAUAUCUCAUUUCUCAGGAUGAUGGUUUGUGUGAUGUCAAGUUUUUCUUCAAGCUCAUGAUUUAGUGAUACAGUUACAAAGUUGUGGAGAACGCAGUGAAGUGCCAAGAUAUGAAAUAUAUUUAAAAAAUCAAUACGAAAAUCGACAACUGAAAUCGCGAAUUUCCAACUGAACUGACUCAAUUACAAAGAUGGAUCAAGAAUCUUUUAGUGUUGUAAAAGUGUCAAGAAAGUGUUUGCAAAGUUUCAUGAAUGAUAAAGUAAUAUUAUAUUUUGAAGCAUUAUGAAAAUUAAACAUUACCCGGGAAAAGCGGUCAUGGAGGACCCGUGGCUAUCUAUCAACGAUAGAACUAUGGAUCUGGUUUAUGCCGCCAACUGGGUGGGGGCUAACAAUCUUGGUUACAAGGAUGAUGAUAAUCAGUCGAAUAAAUCUUCAUUUAAUUCCAUAUCUAGAAGCAAAUCCUGUCGAGAUGUGGGACGCAGCGUCGAAAAAGAAGAUGAAAAAUACAAUACAUACUCACGGGCAAGUCGUGGUCACAACUACAAAAACAAUGUUCCUAAUGAAAACAUAUCUCAGUUAGCAAAAUAUCAACAAGAUAUUGAAGAAAAAGCUAGAGCUAACAAUAAUUUCUUAAUGCAAAAUAAGUUAAAACAUAGUUAUAGUUUUAAAGAUAUGCCAAAUGGGUAUAAACCAUCAACUUUAAGAAGAGUAAAGAGACGAAAUUUUACUGAAUGGGACAUCGAAGCCUUUGGUUCUAGUGAUAGACAAGCUCCAGUCCCUCCACCAAGAAAAGACUCUCUGAAAUAUGCUCAUCGCCAAAGAAAAGCCGACUCAAAGAAAAAUUGCUAUCCUCUGCCUGAUCCUGGACCUGUACCCCCAGAUCCUUCAUCGGAAUCAUAUUACGAAUACUAUUCGAGAGUUAGCCAACAAAACAACGAUACCGACAGCGAUAAGAUAAAGUUAAUUCAAAAAGAUCCAAAGAAAGAAAGAAAUCUUCAAAAUGGAGAUGCUAAAAUGAACGGGUCCGUUCGUGGCUACGGCAAUGGUACUAUGUAUCAAAUAAUAAAUUCCAUGGCAACUUUAGAUUUAACCCCCAUCAAGUCCAAAUCCGGAAACAAAAACCUCGACAUAGAUAGCGAAGCGGAAGAUUUAGGCAUAUACAUGCACCCUAUUAAUGAAUCGUUAUCUACAUGCGAACAACUUCCUGAGCACAUAACGCAACCUGAAAAUGAGCGGAACGGACGCGCGGACGAUGUUAGGCCUAGUUUUCGCUCAAAAUCUUUAAGAGUAAAAAGUGAAGGACGAGCGCCACUUCGAGCUUAUCUCGAUACUGUAGAAAAUGAUAGUAAAAUGUAUAAUGGCGUUACUGUUACACAACCAAAAAGGAAUCUCUCUCCGAGUGAACAGCUGACACUAAUGCAAUAUGGAAUGUUGCGUGGAAGUCAACCUCCACCUGUUCCUGUAACUAGUAAUGGAUUUCACUCCGUCGACUUAGGAAAAGAAAGUGACUAUCGGACUAACGGUGUUUCUAGACAAAUUAAGCCGGAUAAAUACGGGAAGCUAUACAAUACGGUGAGAGUGAAAAGUGAAGAUAGGUAUGAUAGGUACAAUGACAUUUUAUCGUUCAGUUCACCUAAAGAUCGUAUUCCUGAAGAGCGUGUGAGUAAUAAUAACGGUGUUUAUUCGCGAAGUGCUAAAAGUUCAUCUAGUGGGUCCGACUCAGAUUUUUCUAUACCUCGACCAAAACUUAUAGUGCCUGUACACACAUACGGAACACGUAAAAGGAGAACUGGAAAUCUUUGUCAGCGAGAUAGUACAGCCACUGAAUCUUCACUUGACGCUGGGAUUUUGCUCGACGUUACCCGCUUAGAAGACAACAAGCCAUUUGACUUACAACGAAAUGGAGAUUCAGAGGGUCGAGUGGAAGUAUCUCGCGAGAACAAGUACCUUAGCACAAUGGCACCCGGAAAGGUCUUCGGCGAGCUGGCAAUCCUAUACAAUUGCAAGAGAACCGCCACUAUCAAGGCUGCGACCGAUUGCCGUCUAUGGGCCAUUGAACGACAAUGCUUCCAAACCAUCAUGAUGAGGACUGGGCUCAUCCGACAGGCCGAAUACACUGACUUCCUCAAGAGUGUACCGAUCUUCAAAAACCUGCCUGAAGAUACGCUCAUUAAGAUAUCUGACGUGCUGGAAGAGACGCAUUACCAGAACGGGGAUUAUAUCAUCAGGCAAGGAGCCAGGGGAGAUACGUUCUUCAUUAUUUCAAAGGGACAGGUCAAAGUAACUCAGAAGCAACCAAAUAGCAACGAUGAGAAAUUCAUUAGAACUCUCACGAAAGGCGAUUUCUUUGGCGAGAAAGCAUUACAAGGGGACGAUUUGCGGACAGCGAACAUCAUCUGCGACUCUCCGAACGGCACCACUUGUCUAGUUAUUGACCGGGAGACCUUCAACCAGCUCAUAUCCACCUUGGACGAGAUCCGUAGCAAAUACAAGGACGAGGGUGAUGAUAGGCAAAGACUUAACGAAGAGUUCGCGAAUCUCCGACUCUCAGACCUCCGAAUCAUCGCGACCCUGGGUAUCGGUGGCUUCGGUCGCGUUGAGUUGGUCCAGAUCCACGGCGACUCCAGUCGGUCCUUCGCCUUGAAACAGAUGAAGAAGGCUCAAAUAGUAGAGACGAGGCAGCAGCAACAUAUCAUGUCAGAGAAGGAGAUCAUGUCGGAAAUGAACUGUGAAUUCAUUGUAAAGUUGUACAAGACGUUCAAGGAUCGCAAGUACUUGUACAUGCUGAUGGAGACUUGCCUUGGUGGGGAGCUGUGGACUAUACUGAGGGAUAGAGGACAAUUCGACGAUGCAACCACAAGAUUCUACACGGCGUGUGUUGUUGAAGCUUUCCACUAUUUACAUUCUAGGAAUAUAAUUUACAGGGAUCUCAAACCAGAGAACCUACUGCUUGACUCGAAGGGCUACGUGAAGCUAGUGGACUUUGGUUUCUCGAAGAAACUGCAAGCGAGCCGCAAGACGUGGACCUUCUGCGGCACGCCCGAGUACGUCGCGCCCGAGGUCAUCAUGAACCGCGGACACGACAUCAGCGCCGACUACUGGUCCUUAGGUGUAUUAAUGUUUGAGCUGCUCACCGGUUCUCCGCCUUUCACGGGUACCGAUCCUAUGAAGACUUAUAACAAGAUCCUAAAGGGAAUAGACGCGGUGGAGUUCCCUCGCAGCAUCACGCGGAACGCGGCCAACCUCAUCAAGAAGCUGUGUCGUGACAACCCUGCCGAGCGCCUGGGCUACCAGCGGGGCGGCAUCACGGAGAUACAGAAACACAAAUGGUUCGAUGGCUUCAACUGGGAAGGUCUGGCGCAGCGUACCUUGGAUCCACCAAUCACGCCCGUUGUAAAAUCAGCCGUAGAUACCCACAACUUUGACCAGUACCCGCCGGACGCGGACGAACCUCCACCCGACGACCUCUCCGGUUGGGAUGCCACCUUCUAACCGCUGAGCCACUGGGACACUGUUCCCUGUACAGCCUGAAUAUAGUUACGCUUCUGUUGAGGCCACGAUGAUGUCAGUCUUUCUAAGUAGAAAGAGGAAAAGAGGUAUCGCAGUGAAGUUAGCUAAACGUCGGUUGUAUGUACGUUAAUAAACUCUUUACUAGCAAAAGGUGACUGGUAGAACAAAAAAAAUGAAGUUUUGCCGUUGCUACAGCUUU